AUGAUUUCAACAAUCGGCACAACAACAAUUCAAACAACUACAGCACCAAACUCGUUAGUCAUGAAUCCUACGUCAAUGUUGGUAGAGAUGAAAAGCUUUAUUCCUUCUUCAUAUACUUUUGAAACAGAAAUCCAGAAGAUAAAGCAAGAACUUUUAACAAGUAAUUUAGACUGUAGUGCGAAAGAUGAAACAAAUGAACAGUAUCUUUAUGAAAUGGAGGACCUCAUCGACCAUUUGCCUAAACUACCUGAAAUUCAGCAGCAAAAACUAACUAUUCCUGAAUUCGACGAAAUUGAAGUCAAAGCAACUGACUCAGUAGAAAUUAAGAAAUUCAUACGUAAAGUAAAUUAUGAAUUCCUUGGUUUUCAUUGCAACCAUAAAGUUAUGGACAAAGAUUGCGACAUGGUUUAUAAAAAUAUUUCUGACCUUUACAAAUCCGAAGAAUUUAAGACAUACGAUAACUUUGUUUCAUUAG